AUUGAAAAUUGUUGCUCUCUUCUCUUGUGCAUGUUUAAAUAGGCACAAACUUUUCCAAGCAGAGCAGAGCAGAGGGUCUUGCAUUGCAUUGCAUUGCACCAGUCCUCUGCAUCACCGGCAAAACUGAGAUAUUUUAAUUUCCAAGAAUUUGAACUGACAAAGUGCAGAAAACCAGCAAGGAAAUUAAAAAAAGAAAUAAAAUAGAAGGAAUAGAGAAAGCCAAAGGUUCUUCAACAGAAAUCUACCAUAGCUUGAGCAGAAGAAGAAGCAGAAAGCAGGGGGGUGAGCAUGGAGGAUGUGUUUUUAAGCACCACGCCCUCUCGACGAAACAUUCGAAUGGAUGAAGACGAAGAAGCUCUGAUAUGGGCAGCCAUUGAGAAAUUGCCAACAUAUAAUCGGUUAAGAACAAGCAUCAUCAAGUCCUUCGUCGAAACCGAUGAUGAUGAUGCUCAAGGAAACAAGACCAACAAAGUCAUACACAAGGAAGUGAACGUUCUGAAGCUCAACAUAGCCGACCGUCAAACAUUUAUUGACACCACUUUUAAGGUUGCAGAAGAAGAUAAUGAGAGGUUCUUGAAAAUGUUCAGAAGUAGAAUUGAUAAGGUUGGGAUCAAACUUCCCACAGUGGAAGUUAGGUUUGAGCAUUUGACAGUGGAAGCCAAUUGCCAUGUUGGCACCAGAGCUAUUCCCACCCUCCCAAAUGUGACUCGGAACAUCGCAGAAUCAACUCUUGGUUUAAUAGGGAUCAAAAUGGCUAAGAGAACAAAUCUAACAAUUCUCAAGGAUGCCUCUGGCAUUAUCAAACCAUCAAGGAUGACCCUUCUAUUAGGCCCCCCAUCUUCAGGGAAAACAACCGUUUUGCUGGCAUUAGCUGGGAAGUUGGACCCAAGCUUGAAGGUUAGAGGAGAAAUCACUUACAAUGGAUAUAGGCUGAAUGAAUUUGUGCCACAGAAGACAUCUGCAUAUAUUAGCCAAAAUGAUGUUCAUAUGGGAGAAUUGACAGUCAAAGAAACUCUAGACUUUUCGGCAAGGUGCCAAGGGGUUGGGACGAGAUAUGAACUUCUUUCUGAGCUUGCUAGAAGAGAGAAGGAGGCAGGAAUAUUUCCAGAGCCAGAAGUAGACCUUUUCAUUAAGGCUACUUCAAAGGGAGGAGUUGAGAGCAGUCUCAUUACUGACUAUACUCUCAGAAUGUUGGGGCUUGAUAUAUGCAAGGAUACCCUUGUAGGAGAUCAGAUGCAGAGAGGGAUAUCUGGCGGGCAAAGAAAACGAGUUACCACAGGUGAGAUGAUUGUUGGGCCUACAAAAACAUUGUUCAUGGAUGAGAUAUCAACGGGUCUUGAUAGCUCCACGACACAUCAAAUAGUUAAGUGCUUGCAGCAAAUCGUACACAUUACCGAGGCCACAAUCUUGAUGUCCCUACUCCAACCUGCUCCUGAGACGUUUGAUCUCUUUGAUGAUAUCAUCCUCUUAUCAGAGGGCAAGAUCAUCUACCAAGGGCCACGUGAGCACGUAUUGGAGUUCUUUGAGAGCUGUGGAUUUCGAUGCCCCGAGAGAAAGGGAACUGCUGAUUUCCUGCAAGAGGUUACCUCAAGGAAAGACCAAGAGCAAUAUUGGGGGGACAGAAGCAAGCCAUACCAAUACAUAACCGUCACUGAAUUCGCAAACCGAUUCAAGCAAUUCCAUGUCGGCAUGUGUCUUGAGAAUGAGCUCUCAAUCCCUUUCAAUAAGGCCCAAGGCCAUGGAGCAGCCCUUGUAGUCAAAAGAUAUUCAUUACCCAGAAUGGAAUUUCUGAAGGCCUCUUUUGACAAGGAAUGGCUACUUAUAAAGAGGAACUCUUUUGUUUACAUUUUCAAGAUGGUCCAAAGCAUUGUAGCGGCAUUUGUAGUCACGACCCUAUUCUUGAGGACGCAAAUGCACACUAGAAAUGAAGAUGAUGGUGCACUAUAUAUUGGUGCACUUCUGUAUUCCAUAAUCCAUAACAUGUUCAGUGGUUAUGCUGAGCUCACAUUGGUCAUUGCAAGACUCCCUGUAUUUUACAAGCAUAGAGACCUUCUUUUCCAACCUGCUUGGGCUUUCACUCUCCCAUCUGUCCUACUCCGGAUUCCUAUAUCUCUUUUUGAAUCCACUGUUUGGGUGGGCAUUACAUAUUACACCAUCGGAUUUGCACCUGAAGCCAGCAGGUUUUUCCAGCAACUACUGCUGAUAUUUCUGCUGCAACAGAUGGCUUCAGGGAUGUUUUGGCUUAUUGCUGGAGUCUGCAGGACCACGAUCAUCGCCAACACUGGCGGGUCUCUCGUUCUGCUCAUUGUUUUAAUGCUUGGGGGUUUCAUAAUUCCUCGAGGUGAAAUUCCGAAGUGGUGGCGGUGGGGCUACUGGGUUUCACCUAUGACAUAUUGUUUCAAUGCUAUUACUGUAAAAGAAAUGUUUGCUCCGAGGUGGAUGAACAAAAUGGCUUCAGAUAAUGCUACCGCAUUGGGUGUAGCAGUGCUUGAGAUAUUUGAUGUUGUCCCUGACAAAAACUGGUUUUGGAUUGGCUCUGCAGCUGUUCUGGGGUUUGCAGUUCUGUUCAACAUCCUUUACACCCUCACACUUACGUACCUAAAUCCUCUUGGAAAGCCACAAGCCAUAAUAUCUGAAGAAGUAGCAGAGGAAAUAGAAGCAGACCAAUCAAAGGAAGAACCAAGACUUAGAAGACCCCAAUCAAAGAAAGAUUCAUUUUCUCAAUCAUUAACUUCUUUUGAUGGAAACAAUUUAAGAGAAAUGGAAAUCCAGCGGAUGAGCAGUCGAUCUAAUGCCAAUGGACUAAGUAGAAAUCCUGAUUCAACUCUUGAAGUACCCAAUGGUGUUGCCCCUAAGAGAGGAAUGGUUCUUCCUUUCACUCCCCUUGCAAUGUCCUUCGAUAGUGUAAAUUACUUUGUGGACAUGCCCCCGGAAAUGAAAGAAGAAGGAGUAAAAGAGGACAGGCUUCAGCUACUUUGUGAAGUAACUGGUGCAUUUAGGCCCGGGGUCUUGACAGCUCUAAUGGGAGUCAGCGGGGCUGGGAAGACGACUUUGAUGGAUGUCUUAGCAGGAAGAAAGACAGGUGGCCACAUUGAAGGUGAUAUUAGAAUUUCUGGCUUCCCUAAGAAACAAGAAACUUUUGCAAGAAUUUCUGGUUACUGUGAACAAAAUGAUAUCCAUUCACCGCAAGUCACUGUCAAAGAAUCUUUGAUUUACUCAGCUUUCCUUAGGCUCCCUAAAGAAGUCAGCAACGAGGAAAAGAUGACUUUUUUAGAAGAAGUGAUGGCAUUGGUCGAGCUAGACAAUCUAAAGGAUGCUUUAGUAGGGAUUCCAGGAAUUACAGGGUUGUCCACUGAACAAAGAAAGAGGUUAACAAUUGCAGUCGAACUUGUUGCCAAUCCCUCAAUCAUUUUCAUGGAUGAACCCACAUCAGGUCUUGAUGCAAGGGCAGCUGCCAUUGUUAUGAGGGCUGUUAGAAAUACCGUGGACACCGGGAGAACAGUUGUCUGCACAAUUCAUCAGCCUAGCAUAGAUAUCUUCGAGGCCUUUGAUGAGCUGCUACUCGUGAAGAGAGGAGGACAAGUGAUCUACUCAGGACCAUUGGGCCGCAAUUCUCACAAGAUCAUCAAAUAUUUUGAGGCAGUUCCUGGAGUGCCAAAAAUUAAAGAGAGGUAUAAUCCAGCCACAUGGAUGCUAGAGGUGAGCUCAGUAGUGACCGAGUUCCGACUUGGAAUUGACUUUGCACAACACUUCAAAUCAUCUUUUUUGCAUCA